AAUCUAAGAUCCAAUCGAAAAAGAAAUGCAUUUUUAUAUUAAUUUGCAAAUAAAGAGAUUUUCGUUUUGAGUUUUGUAAAUAUCGCAUUUAAAAUUAAUCAAAAAGAGAAAUUUUGUUUUCUUUCUUUUUUUUCAAAAUUAAAAAAAAAAAUCCGCGUAAAUACGUUAAGAGUGUCUUUGUUGAGCAUAGUAUAAUAGAAAGGAAGUGUCGACAGGUGUUCAAUAUUGUGUUGAGAAAUUUCUAAUUUGGGCGUGUGUGUGUCUAUUGCGCCUUUUUUGUUGUCCUUUUUUGUAACAAAAAUUAGACCAAGCCAAAGAAAAAUUAUACAAAAAUGAGCGUUCAACUAACGAAUACAACUUUUGAAUUGAGAAUAACACCAAAUAAACGCAAACGAGAUGAUAUAAAGGAGCGAAAACAAUAUAACCAUGGCAGCAGCAAUAAGGAGAAUCAUUUCGUUUAUAAUAAUUUUCUCGAAGUUAAAUCGAUUGCAGAAUUAGUUGAAAGUAAAAAUGUUUCAAAUUCAAGUGGUGCAAAUGUUUGUAAUCCAUUUGAAAUUGUGCGAAAACCACCAAAGAAGAAGAAUCGCAAAGAAUUUCUGGACGAUGGAUGCUUUGUGAAUCCGGCCUUAAAUUUGAAUGGGCCUGAACAUGUUGUCAAUCCAUUUGAGGUGAGACGUGCAGCACCACUUCCAGAAGCAGUUCAUCAUUGCUAUGAAAAUACGGGACUUAAUAUACGAGGGGAAGAGCGUCAAGUAAUCAAUCCAUUUGAAAUUGUACGGGAGUGUACUACAGCAUCGAACGCAACGGUUCUUGAGAGCGCAAAUGGUAUUGAAAAUCCGGGAUUAGAUAUUCAUCAAGCUCCGUUAGCAAUAAGCGUUCCGUUCACUCCGACCGUUGGAUGUCGUAUUGAUUUCAAAAAUAUUCCUAUUGAAGAUCUAACGCCAAGCUCAAUGAUGAAUCGUCAUUUGGUAUUUUCGCCAGUUAAAACGAACGAAACAACAACAACCACACCGAAACGAAAGAAUUUAUCGGUGAUCAGUGAAGAGGCGGUUGACAUAAGCAAAGAAUUGGACUGUUAUCAACUAGAAUUGGAAAACAGUAUGAACGAAGCCAAAGCAACAAAUAAACGCGGCAAGAAAAAUCUAAUGGAUAUCAAACAAAAAAGUACAUUUGCCAAACGGUUAAGCAGUGCGGCUAUUAGUACUGGCAAUGAUAUUGAUGUUCAGUUAAAACCUACUGAAGAAGUCGCAACACCAAAAAUCGAAGAACAUUCGUGUUGUGACUCGAGCAAUGGUCAUAAUGAAUGUCCAAAAUCAUCAACUCCAAAAACUCCGAAUGAAAAUUGCAUUGCAAAGUAUUCGCUAGAUAAAUCGAUGAGUAUUAAUGAAAAUCCCGAUGUUGUUUACGAAGAAGUUAAUGAGACACAUCAUAUUGAACUCGACAUAGAAAAUGAAACAGAAGAAGAAAACACCGACCAAUUAAAUAACGUUCGAGAAGAAGAAGAUGCUGAACUCUUCAAAAAUCCGGCUCCGUUUGUGCGUGCGUAUCGUCGUGAUUUAAGAAAACGUCCAACUACCAUAAUCAACGAACCAAGAACAGUGGCCAACAAUGAACAUGACGACCAAAUCAAAAUAGAUGAAAAUAAAAAGGAAAUUAAUGAAGUAUUUAGCGGAAUCCGAAGCUCAAUUCGAAAAAGUAUACGAAAAUUGAUUCAUCCAAAUUCUAGCAAUAAAAGUAAAAAUAUCGAUGAAGUUACUCCAACAAAAGAACCACAAUUCUCAAAUCCAUCAAGUAAUCUUCUGACUACGAUUCGGCAUAGUUUGCGUCGCAAGCAACCGAAGCAGCCACUAGCCACGUCAACGCCACGUCAAUCAUUGAACGAUAUUUCAAUUAUUGAUACAGAACCGCGCGCUAUCUAUAAAGACACUGUAUUUUCUGCGCGAAUUAAUAAUCCAAUCGACGAGAAUUUACUUCGGCCAAGAACUAAUCUACGCAAUAGUCUUCGUCGAUCGAAACAUGCCGUAAAAAAUGUCUUUAAGAAAAAUACCGAAGACUAUGAAUUUAGAAAAUAAGCCAAUUGAUACAAAAUAAUAAAAAGACUAAUUUUUUCUCAUUUUAUGUUUCUUGUAUAAGCUAGCUUUAUUUUGAGGCCAUAUUCACAACAAAUUUUUCAUGCAAACGUCAAAAUUAUCCAGUUACAAGAUCCAUCCGCUACAUCACAAAAUAAAAACUCAUUAGCUUAUAAGGUCACCUUUUUUUAGUGUUAUCAUUAUGUCUAUUAUUUAUUCGCACAAUUAGAGUUAGUAUUAAAAUC